UUUUUUUCUCUCUAAACAUACACCUGUCAUACCCAUAUCUAUCGUAUCUAUCAUAUAUCUUCCCAAUUCCCAACAUUUGACUAUCGCAAAAUCUUCCCUGUCUUAUCGAUAUUCAUCAACCUUACUUGAACCUUCCACCCUUGACAAUAAGCACCUAAAUUUAGGUACGUAAGGUGCUUUCCACAAGAAAAAAAAAUCACUCGUGAAAGCUGUACCUACCCCACCAUCGUCCUCCGCAAACAAUUUAGAAUUCCCCAAAUUCUAUCUUGCCUCAUUUAUUCUAUUGAUUGAUUCAAAACAUAACAUAUCAUACCGUAUCCUUUUCCAGCUUCCUAGUAACUCACAUAUACAUACUUAGGGUCACAUCAUCAUCCAGUCGAGAUGCCGGGAAAACAACCCAAUCUAUUCGCCUUCGGCGAUGUCAACACCUUGGCACCCGCUCUACGAUCAUACAUCAUCACAACUCAAAAUGCUGGUAUCACACGCCACGGCGUCUUCAAAGUUGCAGUUUCCGGUGGCUCUCUACCUAGCACCCUUGCGAAAGCCCUUCUAGCUAUUCCAAAAUCUGAGGAGGACAUUGUUAAAUUUGACAAGUGGGAAAUAUUUUUCGCCGACGAACGAGCUGUGCCUCUCGACCACGAGGACAGCAACUAUGGACUCCUCAAGACAGAACUGCUGGACAAAAUCCCCCCUGAGCUAGGUGCACCCACCAUACAUCCCAUCGAUACCCAAUAUUUGGACGACACGCAAGAGCUGGCGGAUCGGUACGAAAAAACCCUCGUUGGCUCGUUUGCCAAGGGUGAUUCUGUCAAGCUUCCUAUCUUCGAUUUAUUACUCCUCGGUUGCGGUCCAGAUGGCCACACCUGCAGUCUCUUCCCAGGCCACCCGCUCUUACGUGAGACGGACGCCUGGGUAGCUCCAAUCGAGGACUCACCUAAGCCGCCACCCCGACGUAUCACCUUAACCCUUCCCGUCAUUACGCAUGCCGUUAAGGUCGCCUUCGUCAUCAUGGGCGGUCAAAAGAAGGAGAUUAUUAAGGAGAUAUUCGAGCAAGGAAACGGCCUCCCAUGCGCGAUUGUCAACGAAGCGACGGGCGAGCGAUGCAGUUGGUUCACCGACAACGCUGCCGUAGAGGGUGUCAGCUUUCCCCGGCGCGGAUUUCUAUAAAAGCUGAUGUCUUAGGGCUGAGGUGAAGCGAAUAUGCUGCCGGGUGUGGCGUUUCGCUAAGGGGAUCGACUGGUCGGAGGGGAAAAAGACGGGAGAGGUAUUGGCGUCCACAAGCGGCUUAUGAAUGUUAUGUGUUCGACUGAUGACGUUAUUAAUCUAAGUUAGAGUGAUGAUGGGUGGUAUUUACGGGCAUGAUGAAACGUGCGCAUUUUUAAUCUAAUGCAUUGCCACGCCCACGCAGUGAGGUGUGAUCAUGGUCUCUAUCAGGCGGGAUUCUGGUACCGAGCACGCAAAUUUAUUUUUAGAGAAGUUCCUGCUUAGACCUUCUUUCCAUGGAGAGGGAUUUUUUUGGGGGAAAUAUUGAUUAUAUUUUAUCAUGAUUUUCCUACGGGGUUGUGAUAUUACUGGUUAUGUUGCUGUGUUAUAUGAUGCUACGUAUGUGGGUGUGAUAUUGAACUAUCUAAAAGGCACGUCGGGUCAGAAUUAGUGGCAUGAUGGAUAUCCAUAUCUUUUGGUCAAAUACCAGAUACCUACUAGGUACUCAAUUCGCUGGAAAUGCAAAAGAAAUUGUACGGUUAUGGCGGCUAAGUAAUAAUUAAGUUCCUUGGUAAUGAAUUUUCUAACGAAAAGUCAAUGCUGAAAUCAUUAGGUAGAUGUUUGUUAUCAGCUAAAGAAAAUAGGGGUUGGGGAAUGUUUUCGGCAUCGAUUAGGUAGGUAGUCCACGGAAGCUUUUACUGCGAUUUAUUGCGG